AUGGCAGAAUUUGGCGGCUUUAUUGAGUCUCGAAGUGUUGUAAUCCGGUGCGUUAAGAGACGCAAUAUUCGAACUCCCUUGGCCGCCCCAGUAGCUAUCAUACUCAAUUGUGAGACUUAUGCAGGAAUACAAACUUGUUGUUCUUGGAAGUGGAGGUGUUGGGAAAAGUGCUUUGACCGUACAAUUUGUCCAAGGAAUAUUUGUGGAAAAAUAUGA